AUGGGAGGUCAAGCACCGACUAGAUUUCUUCUAUUCGGCAACGGUUGGGUUUCCGGCCAAAUUCAGGAUGCCAUAAGAGGAGGGAAUGAUGAGCUGGUUGUCUCCCAAGCACGAAUAGAAAACCGAGAAGAGGUUCUAAGUGAGCUUGCUAGAGUAAGACCGUCUCAUGUCAUCAAUGCCGCAGGCAAACGCGGUGAUCCCAACGUGGAUUGGUGCGAAUCACAUAAAGAGGAAACGAUCCGUUCCAACAUACUCGGUGCGGUGAACCUGGCUGACUGUUGCUUCAUCCACGACGUGCAUCUCACCCAUUUGGGGUCGGGAUGCAUCUACGAUUACAAUGAGGACCACGCAUGGGGCGGUCCGGGCUAUACCGAGGAGGAUGAGCCAAACUUUACGGGAAGCUUCUAUUCUAACACGAAGGUCUUAUCUGAAAGGGUUUUGAGGCACUACUCCAAUGUGUUGAUCCUCCGUAUCCGCAACCCUAUUGGCGCAGACUUGCACCCUAAAAAUAUGAUUACCAAACUUGCUUCGUACAAGAAGUUAAUAAACGUCCCGAAUGUAAGUCAGAGCCACCCUUACCUCAGUUAG